CUCGCGAAAGUUGUCACUUUCCGUUUAAACGUGAAUCUGUGCAAUAGAUAACGGCUGACCUGUUAGCGAGGUCGGAUGGUUUUAAACUGCAACCCAUUUAUAGAUAAGAACCAUAAUAACACGCUGCAUGCCGGGAGUUGCUAUGUUAGACGACGACAGUGUCCUGCUGUCAAAACAGUUCGUGCGGUGGUGGUGACCAAAGCUGUGAUCAUGGCGUUGACCCGGCUAGAACGGGCCCAGGCAUGGAUUCUGAGUGCGUGCACGGGCGUGCUCUUUGCUCUCUUUCGGCUCCUCUCUCCCCGGCGGUCCCGUGGAUUCACCAAACUUAUUCCGGUCACCAACCCUCUGCUGAUGAUGUCUGCGAUGCAGCUCGCGCAAAGGAUUCGUCGGAGAGAGGUGUCGAGCGUGGAGGUGGUGCAGGCCUACAUUGACAGGAUUCAGGAGGUGAACCCGCUGCUCAACGCUAUGGUGCAGGACAGGUUUGCAGCAGCGUUGCUAGAGGCAGCCCAGGUGGACAAGCUGAUCGAGGAGGAGACCGGGGGAGAGGAUGUUCUGGAGGAUAGACUUCCCCUGCUGGGGGUCCCCCUCACUGUCAAAGAGGCCUUCGCUCUACAGGGCAUGCCUAACACGGCAGGUGUGGUUUCCCGGCGCGGGGUCCUUUCAGUGGGGGACGCCCCUCCCGUAGCCCUGUUAAAGAGGGCCGGGGCUAUCCCCCUGGGGGUCACCAACUCCAGCGAGCUCUGCAUGUGGUCCGAGUCCCACAACCACCUAUACGGCAUUUGCAAUAACCCCUACGACCUGGAGAGGACCCCAGGCGGCAGCUCAGGUGGAGAGGGGAGUAUACUUGGAGGUGGAGCAUCAGUGAUCGGGAUAGGUUCUGACAUCGGUGGAAGUAUCCGUAUGCCGUGCUUCUUCAAUGGCGUUUUUGGCCAUAAAACCACACCAGGUGUAAUAUCUAAUGAUUGUCAGUACCCCCCUGCCUCUGGUCGUCAUGAGGACUACCUCAGUACUGGCCCCAUGUGUCGCUAUGCUGAGGACCUUCUGCCCAUGCUCAGGAUCAUGGCUGGACCCAAUGCUCACAAAUUGUCUUUGUCCAUUGAGGUGGAUCUGAGGAACCUGCGUUUCUUCUCUAUCCCUCACGAUGGAGGCUCUCCUCUGGUGAGUGCUGUAGAUGAACAGCUCCUUCAAGCCCAGAGGAGGGUGGUGGAGCGGCUCGAGUCUGACCUAGGGGUCAAGGUUCAGGAGGUGCGUCUCUCUGGGCUCAAAUAUGGCUUCCAGAUCUGGGAUACGUACAUGGGGCUCCCCAACAAGGAGGGCAAGCGCCCCACACCCUUCCAAGUGUUGAUGGGGGAACCAGGGAGGCCGGUGUGGCCAGUGUGGGAGCUGGCCAAGUGGAUGAUGGGAAGGUCCCCUCACACCAUGGCUGCUAUUGGCCUGGCCUUGGUAGAGAUGACCAGCUCAUCCAAGCCCUCUCCCUUCAUCCUGAAGCAGAAAGAGAAGCUCCAGAAGGAGAUUGAGGAGCUGUUGGGUACAGACGGGGUUCUCCUGUACCCCACCCACCCUCACCUCGCCCCCAAACACCACCACCCCCUCUUCACACCCUUCAACUUCGCCUACACAGGGGUCAUCAACAUCCUGGGGCUGCCUGUGACCCAGUGCCCUCUGGGGUUGAGUGUAGAGGGUCUUCCCCUGGGGGUGCAGGUGGUGACCGGGAAGCUCCAGGACCGCCUGUCACUAGCCAUGGCCCUCUACCUGGAGAAGACCUACGGAGGCUGGAGAGACCCUGGAGCCGCCUGACCUGCAUCUAUAAAGCAUUGCAGAGUAGGAGUGCUGAUCUACUACGAUCAGUUUGGCUUUUUUAAAUCAAAAUAAACGAGUUACAUGAACAGGGAGGACCUGAUCCUGGAUCAGCACUCCUACUCUAAGACGCUUUAUGGAUAGUGGCCCUGACCUGAGGACCACUGGGCCAUGUUUAGUAUGAAAGGUGGUCAAACGUUGCAGAUAGUAAUGUCAUGAAUAGAACUCACAUGAUUCCUUAUUCUACAAGUCACAGGCAUGUUUGUGCUACAUAAUAUUUGUAUCUAAAUGUUUUGCCCCGCUGAACGUGCCCCACACUGGCUGAUGGAGGUAGAGGUUGUCCUUACCCAUUUUUAAUGAGGAAUGGUAGAAUUGGGUGUAGGAUAAUCUGAUCCUAGAUCGCUGGUUAAGGGAAGGAAGUAGGAAGAAUGUCCCUAACCACUGAUACAGGGGUGUGUUUACUAGCCUUGUGCUCAGAAUAGCUCUGUCUUACACACACAGUACACACUAUUCAGCACUUAUCCCAAUGGAACUGUUUGGUUUAAUGACCUCUCACUGAAAAAUGAAUGUCUGUCUGUUUUUCUGCCAUGCACUGAAAGCUAAUGUUAUUGGCACAAAGAAUGUCUAGUCAGCCAUGAUUGACUUUUGUACUAUCAAAGUCCCACCCACCCACUCCGAUCGAUCUUACUACUAAUGUCAAUCUUUAUCUUUUGCAAAAUGACAGGAAUGCAGAUCCUAAAAGCCAGUACUUUUGAACAAGAAUACUGUAUUACUCGAAUCCAAUCUUUGUGCAUUUCACUGGUUCGAUUAGUAAAGACCUUUUUAAAAAGAA